AAUGCUUUUUUCUUUUGGCCGGGGAACAAAAACUUCAGAUGCGAGUAUGUGAACGGUUUCUCUGGUGCGAAGAAGCCACCUUUCCUUAUCAAAAGAAAAAAAACCACCUUUUCCUUUCGCUCCGCCUUCUCAUCAGUGGGUGUAACUCGCUCCUCGACUCGCAGCAUCGGCGUCGUCGUUGUAGGAGACAACGAUCGUAGACUUUCAGUAAAUCAGUACAUUCAUUGGAGAGCUCUGCAAGGUGCAGCAGACCCCACUAUGAAUACACAUGAUUGGAGGGCUCAAUUACUGCCUCAUAUUCGCCAAAUAAAAGUCAAUGAAAUAACGAGCAAAUUAAAGAUGUGUCAGUCUGAUGGUGAUGAUGAUGAAUCACUUGAUGUUCAGAAAUUUUCUCAGAGUGUUGAGCAGAAGAUUUAUGCUGGUGCAGCAAGCCAGGAGGAUUAUUUACAGAAAAUAUCUUCCAUGAUGCGGUUAAUUGAUCGUACUGCAUGGAGGGCUCAACUGUAUCCUGACAGUCGCCAAAGAAUUGUCAACAAAAUAACGGACACAUUAAAAAGACAUCUUCCGUGGGCUGGAGAAGAGGGAUUAGCUGAACUUCGUAGAAUUGCUGUCAGAUUUGAGGAGAGGAUUUAUAAUACAGCAACAAGCCAGCCUGAUUAUCUUCGGAAAAUAUCCUUGAAGAUGCUGACAAUGGAAAAUAGAGGCCAGAACACCGUUGCAAACUUUAUGUCUCCAGACUUUGUUGGCAAUGGGAAUGGAUCUUCGGAUGCAGGUUCUGUUAGCGGGGGCUCAAGUGCUAGAAAGGCAGGUCGCGUUACCAGAGGUGGAGAGAGAAAUGCUGCAGUAAGACAGUGUGAGAGAAAACGGAAGCAACCGCAGUACCUAGCUGACUUUGUCACUUAUUGAUAGCUCCUCUGUUAUAUACUCAUUUCCUCAUGCCACUGCAAAUAAUGUGGACCAAAUGUUUGUUAUGUCUAUAUGCCAUUAUUUCGGUUGUAGUGUUUUAUGUGUACUGUAGUCUGUUGUUUGGCACAUAUUGCCUUGUAAGGCCUUUGUUAUAAUGUGGAGGAAUGCUUGAAUAAGACUUAAGGCCCCGUUUGGAUUCACA